AUGCAGCUCGCCGUCGUCGUCGCUUUCCUGGUGCCUAUGUCCCUGGCGGCGGCGCCCUGGAAUCUCUCGGGCACCUGCUCCUCUGGCCUCACUUGUGAGAUCGACACCAAGUACACCAGCCCGAAAGUUAUCUGCGGAAAGUGGGUCGGGAAGUUCUCCGGCACCGGCACCAACGGGAAAACAAGCUGCACGCCCGCGGGAAGCAUGUGCUCAUAUAGCUGGACCUGCUAG